AUGUCUGACACGCUGAGCAGUCCAUAUGGCCUUUCGGUCCGGAGGAACGGUUCCUGUUUGAACACCGAAACAGAUUGUGGACAGACAUGGGCGCCUUUUCAUGCGUGUUGCCCAAAUGGCACCAAGUGUCCUAAGGGGCAGGGCAAUGUGAAAUGUUGUCCUUCAGAUGCCGACUGCACCGAGUUAGUCGACAAUACACAUUGCGCGAACAGCACCGCGAAUGUUUAUAAAGCCGCUGGGUACUUUUGUUGCGCGAAUGGCGAGUCAGCCUUCAUGGACAAGAAGACUUCCUUUGUUGGUUGCACGGACGAUAUAUCCGACCUGGACAACAGCGUGUCCCUUUUAGCUAUCCGGUAUCAUGCCACCACAUCAACCCCAGCUUCUACAUCCCCAACAUCAUCCAGCACACCCACGAGAUCCACCACAUCUACCACAAAUACAGCAGAGCCAACUCCAACAGAUCCAGCCCCAGCGGAGUCAUCUACAUCAUCGAAUACAGGCGCAAUCGCAGGAGGUGUCGUCGGAGGUGUCGCCGGGUUGGCCAUAAUCGCUGCACUCAUUUGGUUCUUCCUCCGAAAGAAAUCUCGCAAGAGCGCGACAGUCGAGACGGGAACAGAGGUCUCGCAAUCCAGCACGGCCUAUAGCUCUAGCAACCCUGGAUCCAACGGUGGAUAUUUCGUUACCCCUGGCGGAAGUACAGAGCCUAAGCCGCCAACCGAACUUGACAGUCAGCAAAAGAGCACGCUUCACGAGCUACCCUCACAGGUCCAAUAUCGAUGA